CUGUUCCGGCGCAGCGGGCCCGCGGCGGCGGCGGCCGCGGCGGCGGCGGAGGGCGCGGGCGGCGGCGCGUCGUUCCGCGCGCUGCGCGAGCGCGUGGCGCGCGCCGUGGAGGCCGACAUCCGGCGCCAGGCGGCGGGCGCCGAGCUCACCGACGACGACUACGCCGAGCUGGCCUACGCCUCGUGGUCGCGCUUCUACUCGGGCUGCGUGCAGUACGCGGAGGCGGCGACGCGCGCCCUGGGGCUGCUGCCGCUGGGCGGCGGAGGCGGAGGGGCCGCGGCCGGCGCCGUGCUGCUCAAGCGCCGCUGCUACUCGCUGCUGCGCCCCAUGGACCCCCUCGAGCAGCAGCUGCUGGCGCCCGAGGCCGCCUCUGCGGCGGACAGCCCCUCCGACCGCAAGGCUGGAUCUCCGUCGUGGGACGAGUCGGAGGGCGCGGGCGAGGGCGACGAGGGGCUGCGCGCGCUGGCGAGCGCGCUGGCGCUGCUGGAGGCGCGCUGCCCGCCCGAGCUGAAGGCGGCCGUGGCCACGGCGCUGGAGGAGGCGCAGAACCCCGAGACGCGCGUGGCCGAGCUGCUGCGCGCGCCGCCCACCGCCGACACCGAGCCCUUGCUCGCGCCGCCCUUCCUGCAGGUGAGCACCUGCUCUGUCUUCGGG